AUGGAGCGAGGCUCCAUCGUCUGGGCUCAUGCCGCAGAACAAACCGGUGGACAGAGAACUGCCGAGCCCACACCCCCAGGUACCUCGUAUACUCCCAGCGGCCCGGUACCAGGCUUGGUAUGCACGAGCCUCCCCUAUCGGACGGCUUUUAUCGACCAGGGUACCGAUCAGGCUCGGCAUGCACGGCACUCUGCACCUCCCAUCGAAGCGUGGCCUGGAUGCCGCCCAGGUGGCACAACGCACAACUGA